CGAAAAAAGAACUCGCACAUAAAAUUCCCCAAAACUACCAAUCCUCGAAAUCCCAUCAUCUUCAAACCCUAGAAAAACCGACCUGCAGGAGGGAAGUAUCUCAGUAAUUCCUGCUGAUCUGAAGAAACUCGGUUGAAGAUGUACAACGGAAUCGGAUUACAGACACCGCGAGGCUCAGGCACGAAUGGAUAUAUCCAGACGAAUAAAUUCUUCGUGAAGUCGAAGAACGUUAAGGUGGAAACGAAGGAAUUCGAGGCCGAUCAGGGCACUGGCGGUGUCAAGAAGGCGAACAAAGAGAUUCUCGAGCACGACAAGAAGCGCCGGAUCCAGCUGAAGCUCGUGCUUCUGGAGGAGACCCUAAUCGACCAGGGGUACACAGAUGAUGAGAUCGCGGUGCGGCUAGAGGAGACGCGGAAGGCCUUGGAAUCAGCAGCCGAGGAAAGCGAGGUGGGCGGCGGGGCAAGGACUGACAAGAGGGUUUCAGAUACACAAACCCACCAAAUUGCUGCUAGAAAGGAGAGGCAGAUGGAGACUUUAAGAGCUGCUCUUGGUAUUAUCAGAGAAGAUGAAACCUCUGAACAAGGGCUUCAAGAGCAAAAGAAGCAGGACAAAGCAUUUGAGUCAGGAGCUGAAGAAAGUGAUGAUGAGGAACUGAGAGAAGACCGUAAAAAUGGCCCAAAAGACAGUCCCAAACAAGGGGGAAAAGGUGAAUAUCAACACGUUGAUUCGGAUAGAGAGAACAGCAGAAGAGAAGUGAGGAAGGAAGAUGACCUGGAAACUGAAAAAGAUGCUGUGAAAAAUAAAAAGAUGGAGGACCGGAGAGAUGAAAUAGAUGAGCCAAAGCACCAAGAAAAGAAAGGCAGCAGAAAGAAAGUGUAUGGGUACAGUUCUGAUAGUGAUAGCAGUGAUAAACAUUCCAAAAGGACAAAAAAGAAACAUGGGAAAACUACUAGGAGACAUGAUUCUGAGGACGAUUCUGAUGUUGGUGGCAGCAAGAAAAGCAACAAACAUCGUGAGAAGAACAAGAAAAGCAGUACAAAGCUUGAAAAUGAUUUAUCUGAUCCUAACAGUGAUGUAGGCAGGCAAAAUGCAAAGAAAGAAGCAGAGAACUAUGCAAAAGAUUGCCGUAGACAUUAUUCAGAGGAUGUUUCUGAUUCAGGUACGGAGAUGCAAACCAAGAGUGACUUAAUGGGGAAACACCAGAGAAAAUCCAGAAGACAUGAUUCUGAGGAGGAUGUAUCUGAUUCUGAUAGCAGGAGGAAAAAUGGAAGAAAAGAAGUGGAAAAAUAUAAGAAGCGCAGCAGAAGAGAUGAAACCAGUGGUGACUCUGACACCGACAGCGGUAGGAGACAUGCUGGAAAUGACGGCUCGAAACAUGGUAAUGCAUCACACGGAAAAGGCAGUAGCAAGUACUAUGCAGCUGAUUCUGAUAGAGGAAGGAAAAAUGACAAAGAGGAGAGAGGUAGGAACCACAAAAGGAGACAUGAUACUGAUGAGGAUGAAUCUGACACAGACAGUGGCAGGAAGAAUACUGAACAUCAUAUGGAAAAACAUGGAAAAAGUAACAGGGAGCGAGAUUCUUUAACCAGUGACAGUGAGAGCAGCACAGAUGCUUCUUCUGACAGCAGUAGCGAUUUUGAUUCUGGCAGCAGCAGUGAUAGCAGCCAUGACAGACGCAUUCGGAAAAAGGCUGGUGAGGAUAAGAGCGGUAGAGGGUACAAGGAAGAUGUGGAUCGCAUGGAUGGCAGGAAGCGACAUGGAUCUUCUGUAGAAGGGCAGACGUUUGCUUCUCGGACACAUGGGCGAGAUGAUGGUAGGAAAGAGAGAGCUGGUGGGCAAUAUGACACUGAUAUUCUGGAGAGGAAAAGCUUGGAUAUGGCAAGGAAAUUGGACAAAACAAAUCGCUCCGAGUCCUCAAGAGAUGGUAGGGACAGAGAAUACGGAGUCCAAGAAACAAGAGGAAAGAGGAAGCUUGAAGAUGGGGGCCACAAUGAACAACCGGCAUCGAAAUCAAGAAAUAGGGAUGUUGGAGAGACUGAUAAGGCACAGGGAGAAAAUAGAGGUGAAUUUUACUCUGGUAGCAGGGAGUACAAAAACCGUGAUGAUCGAAAGAGAGAUAGGGAUGUUGGAGAGACUGAUAAGGCACAGGGAGAAAAUAGAGGUGAAUUUUACUCUGGUAGCAGGGAGUACAAAAACCGUGAUGAUCGAAAGAGAGAGAGGGAUGUUGGAGAGACUGAUAAGGCACAGGGAGAAAAUAGAGGUGAAUUUUACUCUGGUAGCAGGGAGUACAAAAACCGUGAUGAUCGAAAGAGAGAGAGGGGUGUUGGAGAUACUGAUAAGGCACAGGGAGAAAAUAGAGGUGAAUUUUACUCUGGUAGCAGGGAGUACAAAAACCGUGAUGAUCGAAAGAGAGAGAGGGAUGCUGAAGAGACUGAUAAGGCACAGGGAGAAAAUAGAGGUGAAUUUUACUCUGGUAGCAGGGAGUACAAAAACCAUGAUGAUCGAAAGAGAGAUAGGGAUGUUGGAGAGACUGAUAAGGCACAGGGAGAAAAGAGAGGUGAAUUUUACUCUGGUAGCAGGGAGUACAAAAACUGUGAUGAUCAAAAGAGAGAAGAGUACCAAAGUCUGAACAUGGGCCAAGGAAACCAAGAAACAAGAGGAAAGAGGAAGCUUGAAGAUGGGGACCACAGUGAGCAACAGGACCAUAGUGAGCAACUGAACUCGAAGUCAAGAAACAAGGACUUGGGAGCGACAGAGCGAAGGCAUAGAGGUGAACUUGACUUGGGCAACAGGCACCAUAGAAAUGAUAAUGACCAAAAGACAGAAGAACAUAUGAAUUUGAAUAAAUCAGGAGAAAAGAGGUCCGCUCGUGCACAAUACGAUGAUGAAGAGCACAGAAGAAGAAGAAAUGGAAGAGAGACUGAGAGGGAUACUAAGAGAACCAGAUAUGAUGAUUCUCGGUCAAGGGGAAGUAGGUAUGAGAACCACAGCAGUGAUGAUGCUGAUAGAUCCAGGCAACGGCAUCGUUAAUAUGACCUCUGGGACAUCAUUUGCAUUGGUGUUGGUCAUGUGCCUGUGGGCUUCUGCCACCCCUUGAGUGCCCCAGAAUAUGAGCAUUGAACUGUCACAAAGAGCAGCCUGCAGGUAUCUUUCUGAACUAUGAGAGAUUUGAAAUUUCAGCAUUGGACAUUGUUGCUGAAUCAAAUCCUAAAGGUUUGUCAUCAUGUAAGGAGUUUAAUGUGAUGCUGCAACUAUCGUCUACUUUUAUAGAUUUUGGUACUUUGAAAUGUUAAAGAUGGUAUUGGAGAGAAAAAUGGCUGAAGAGAACCAAUUUCCCUUGAUCUGAUGCAGAUGUUUGGAUCACCGUAUCUUCUUGUUUUCUUAUUUGUCAAGUAUUUCAGGCAUCUCAGGAGUCUGGACCAAGAUCGUGUUUUCCUGUGUCCUUCUAUUUUAAGACUACCGGUGGUCAGCAUACUUAGCAAUC